AACUUAGGAAUUUUUUUUUACAUAUGACAUAAAGUAUAGGAUUCAAAAAAAAUUCAGCAAUCAUGGAAAAUAUAUUUUAUUAUAUUUUUUAAUUUGUUUACAAAAUUAUUAAUUUAAAGACAAGUUAGAUGUCACUGUAAUCAUCCUAUAUGCGUACUCGAUUAUUGUAUAUUUUAUUACUAAGGAAAGAGUUGUUUAAUUACAAUGGAAUCCCUUCAAGAAAUAUGUCAAUACUUAAAUCCAAAUAUACGUCUAGAUUUAAAAGCUAUUGCCUUGGAACAUGUUCUCAGUAUAACUGGAACUGCAGAGGGACGAGAACUAUUACUAAAACUUCCAGAUUUAUUGACGCAACUAAUUGCGUUGACUCAAGAUUCUUCGACAGCAAUUUCCAAAGAUGCAGCUCUGGCUUUGAUAAAUAUAACUGCGGAUGAACCAGGAACCAGCGCGUUUUUAUUAAUUUCAGAGACUCAGCCAAAAGAUGGAAAAUAUAAUUACAAUCUAAUACAUGUUUGUAUUAGAUUCAUAAUGGACAAAGAAAGCAUUUUAGCAGAUCCAUGCUGCAUGAUCCUUUCAAAUAUGACCAGGCCACAGCACUUAGUUGAUAGAGUUGUAACACUUAUUGAAACGAGUGGUUAUACAUGGGACAGUAUCGUUGCAGCAUUCACUUUGAAACAGUAUAAUAAUACUGGUGCAAAGCUUCAUUACCUAGGUCCUGUUUUUAGUAAUCUUAGUCAGUCUCCACGUGUCAGAAGGUAUCUAAUGGACAGAAAUCGUAGUGUUAUCCAGAGAUUACUUCCUUUCACAGAGUAUGCAGACAGCUUAGUAAGACGUGGUGGAAUCGUUGGUACUUUAAAAAACUGUUGCUUUGACGUGGAAAAUCACGAAUGGCUAUUAAGUCCCGAAGUAAAUAUUUUAUCACAUCUUCUGUUACCAUUGGCUGGACCUGAAGAAUUUGAUGACGAGGACAAUGAUAAGCUACCAAUUAGUCUCCAAUACUUACCAGAGACGAAGCAGAGAGAGCCAGAUGUAGAUAUUAGAAUCAUGUUACUGGAGGCUUUAGCUCAACUCUGUGCAACAAGAAAGGACAGAGAAAUAUUAAGAGCGCAAAAUAUAUACAUAAUACUCAGAGAGUAUCAUAAAUGGGAGCAAAAUAAAAAUGCGCUGUUAACUUGUGAAAAUGUUGUAGAUAUUUUAAUUAGAACUGAGGAGGAAAUAGGUUUGGAUAAUCUGAAGAACGUUGAAGUGCCGUCGGAAUAUACGGAGAAAUUUCAUAAAAUGGAUCAAGACUUUAUUAACAAUACAUAAUGAAGUGCACAAUACGAAUUACUUCAUAUUUUAUAUACACUGCACGAGAGAUGUGCAUAUUAUAAUAAAACGAUUCUCGAGAGAAAUGAGGUUGCGCGUGAUAUUGCACUGUUCCCUUACUUCGUUUAUCUAUCUUUAGUAAAGUUAUCAGGUCCUGUGUAGCAACAUAGGAAUGAUAAAAAUACAAAUACGAAUAAUUGAUCACAUUCAAUUAGGAAUCUCACAAACCUAUGCCAAAUUAUCGCCAAUUAAUAUACAUACAAACAACAGUCAAGAAAAUGAAUAAAACAGUUUUUUUAAAUCUCAAUAGACUUACUUUUAUCUAUAAUUGUUAAGAAUACGAAAAUAAAUGGGAAAAAGUUUACAAGUGACGAUGCAAAUACUUGC